AGGUCAACAGUCCAACAACAAUUUCACAAUUCGGCCUUAUGACAGGCUGAGCACAUAGAUAAUAAGUUAUUAGAUUGACAUUCUGACACCCAGAUGCCCAGACAAAAACAAAUUUUGAUAGGUAAUCAUAAAGUUUGACAUUUGACAGCAUCACACUGACAAACAUCCUGCAUCCUGUACUGCCUUAAACAAGUUUGUUCCUUUCUCUCUGUUAGCAACAUAGUGCAUAGUUGGUGAGGAAAAAAUGAGAAAAUUACUGCUUCUUAGCACUUCAGUGUUACAAAAUGGAAAAUACCUAGACUACGCCUCUGAUGUCAUCAAAGCCUUUUUUGCUGAAAAUGGUGUGUCAAAAAUUGUGUUUAUACCGUAUGCAGCACAUGACCAUGAUGCCUAUGAAAAGAAAGUGAAGGAUGCAUUUUUAGAAUUUGGGCUGGAACUCAAUAGCAUUCACAAGUCAGAUAAUUUACUGGCAACUGUAAAAGAAGCUCAAGGCUUUUUUGUUGGAGGAGGAAAUACUUUCUUGUUGCUUAAAACACUCUAUGAGUUAAAUCUACUUGAAGCCAUAAAAAGCAGAGUUUUACAAGAUGGAAUUCCUUACAUGGGUUCAAGUGCUGGAACAAAUUUAGCUACCAUCAACAUUUGCACAACAAAUGAUAUGCCUAUAGUGCAUCCACCCACAUUAGAUGCCUUUGGCUUUCUUCCUUUCAACAUAAAUCCACACUACCUUGAUCAUGACCCAACAUCUAAACAUAUGGGGGAAUCUAGAGAAACGCGUUUGUCAGAAUACCAUGGCAUUCCGAAUGCAAAAUCUCCACCUGUAUUGGGUUUGAGGGAAGGAAGCUGGUUACAAGUGAAAGAUGAUCAAAUUCUUCUUAAAGGAAGCAUACCCAAUCAAACCGCAAGAUUGUUUGUCCGUGGCCAGCAAACGAAAGAACAUGAAGUCAACUCUGACCUCAGUUUUCUAUUGAAAAUUUAAUAUCAUCAAAGAUUUUUGUGAUGAAAAUAAAAAACACACCUAUGCA